AUGAAUGACUUCUUGAUGGGUGUGAUGGUUCUUUGUUUGGCGAUUCAUGUCCGGCGUAGGAACGGGUCACAACAAGCCAUCAGUUCUGGGAUCGAGGGUACAAUUCUACCAUUACUGAAGCAAGCUCAUGACAUCUGCUUGGAGAAAUUUUCUGUCAGUCGGGAUGCAGGGUGUGUUGCACGCGCAGUCAAGGUUAUUCUCGAGGAACAACUGGUACCAGAGCGCGAAAAUAUAGCGGCAUUGCCUGUAUUAGAGAAUGCGUGGCAAGACAGAAAUUCUCUAGGAUGGUUAGAUCCCUUUUAUAGUGAAGAGACUCAAAUAGACUGGGGUUUGUUUGACUCGCUGAUAUCUGUUCUCGUUGACGCGUACGGAUCGUGCCGUGAUAGUGGGGCGAAGAGCAGCGGAGAUUACAUCAUGCUGCAAAACAACUUGAGCUUCAAGCCAUUCUCACCAUUGUUCAUUCUCCACUACGCACUAACUCAUACUGUGUUUCAAUCAAGAAAAUCUCCCCAAAAUCUCACUAUAAUAUCCAUAUUGGCUCGAGUGUCACAAUCAAUUCGUUUUAAGGCCUUGCAUCGUGUGCGCCCAGCGGCCAUGGCAAGCGCCGACCAAAAGUCCUUCUUGGGGUCUUUCUCUCCAUGGAAUACUCCAACAAGAAGCUCCACACCCCAGGUAGAUCGUCCGCCCGGGGAAGUACUUCAAAGAUCUCAAGGUGAGGAUCAUACGGUAACUCAUCGACACAAGCUGAGCCAGCGCCAUUACCCCGCGGACUGCCCGCCUUUGAAAGUGAGAUGGUUCUAUGCUGUGGAUUCACCAAAGCGAAAAACUACCCUCCUCGAGCCCAAAAAAACCGACCAGAAGCCUCCUCCUCCACCUAAGAAAUUUAUUCCCUUCUCGUUGAAAGAUUCACAGGCUAUCGAAGCUACAUACUUGCAAUUAUCGGAAAUCGAAGACUCCAAAGAUAGUCCCCAGUCACAAUCGGAUACAACAACGUCAAUCUCAAAGAAAGUCCCAGUGAACGAGGAUUAUCUGUUUGAUGUUGAUAUUGAGCAACGGGAACUGGGACCAGCUUAUUGGAUGGGCCCCAUUUAUGAAGUCCGUCGUGGCACCUGGUUCUUCCAGGAUGGGUCAAAUUUGAAACCAUGUGAAGAGAAUCUUGCAACUCAACUGGAAGAAGGAUACCUCAAACUGCAUCCGUGGCGAACAAAUAACGGGGAAACAAACCAAUUUGAACCUGGAAACAUCAAAGAUCGGCUAAAUCGAUCGGAAGAAAAACCAGAGGCCCAGCCUCAGAAAUCCACAAAGUCUACAUCUAGCGCUGGAAACGACGCAUCUGCUUCUUUGUUGGAAUCUCAGCCAUACCGUCUAUUCGGAGCCUAUAUGAAUAAAGUUGUUCUCUACCAGGAUGCUUCAACCGCCUGGCUUAACACAGACGAUUUCAUGUCUCGCGUCAGCACCACCGUAUACCAGAAGCUAGGUGGUGUAGCGGGUACAAAGGUCGUGCGUGGACUGUCAGAGCCCAAACGAACAAAAGAGACAACAGAUUCUCGAGCCCAAGAGCAGAAAACCAGUGAGAAGGCUGUAGAAAACAGCCCUGGAAGCACAACCGCGAAAUUUACACAAAAAACUCGCCCUGGCCAUAUAGAUUCAUCAAAAGUGGAAGAUUUGGCAGAGGAAAGCCCUUUUGAAAGACGACCAAAGUCUACCCUAGAGCGCCAGAUGUCAUCGCUUGCCGGAGAGCCGCAGAACCCAGCGGAACUUGAGGAACAAGCUCGUCGCCAGGAGGAGCAAGAGAUGGAAGACUCACGAGAAGUCGACAGUGAAGAUAGAGAACGGGACGUUGAUCAUUUGGUUCUGGUCACCCAUGGCAUUGGUCAACGACUUGGACUGCGGUUGGAGAGUAUCAAUUUCAUCCACGACGUGAAUGUCCUUCGGAAAACGCUCAAAGGUGUUUAUAAAGCUUCACCUGAUCUUCAAGCCCUCAAUUCGGCAUUCGCAGACAACAGCGGAAACUGUCGCGUGCAAGUGCUUCCGGUAUGCUGGCGCCAUCUGCUGGAUUUUCCUUACCGUGGUGUUCGUCAGAACCGAAAGGAACUUGACCUCGCCGAUGCGGACUCAGUUGAGGAUGAUGCCUAUCCUAGUCUGGCGGAUAUUACACUGGACAGUGUACCAGCUGUGCGCAAUCUGAUUUCGGAUCUGGCAAUGGAUGUACUGCUUUAUCAAAGUGGAUACUGCGAGCAUAUCUCCACCAUCGUGAGGCAAGAAUGCAAUCGUAUCCUUCAACUCUACAAAAAACGCAACCCAACUUUCAAGGGAUCCGUCAGCCUUGUUGGUCAUUCCCUUGGGAGUGCGAUUUUAUUUGAUAUUCUGUGUCACCAACCGGACAUCGUUGACCGACCCCAGGAGGAUAAAACUCGAGUGGGGGAGAGCUAUGAUGCCCCAGAACCUCAGAGCAAAGGUUCGAAUGCCUUGAACUUUGAAUGUGAGGAGUUUUUCUGCCUUGGAUCACCCAUAGCACUCUUUCAAAUGCUAAAGGGGAAAACGGUUGCGGGAUACUCCCCCUUGGUUGUAAAAGACCGCAAAAGUGCACUGGAUGUUGAACUUGACUCCAAACAAGCUUCACACAGUAGCUCUAUUAGACAGGAUGGGAUUGACGCCACUACUAUUGCUUCUGCCCCUAAGUGUCGGGAUCUUUACAAUAUCUUCCAUCCAUCAGACCCUGUCAGCUAUCGUAUUGAGCCGCUCGUUUCCCCUGCGAUGGCAAGCCUCAAGCCUCAGCCUCUGCCAUCUGUGAAGAAGAGUUUAUGGACUGCUUCAGGUCAGAGUCUCUCCAUGCUUAGAGAUCGUAUGGGCCAGAGCGUGGGCUCUCUUUGGAGCAACUUCACGUCCGGAGUGGCGAGUAGCUUAUUGAACCGCCACCUGGGUUUGAAUUCCGACGACGUAUCUUCCACCGAUAAAACGGCUGAUCCUCAUGGACACAAACGUAAUCAAUCGGGAUCUGUUGGCUCCUCGCAUGAAUCUGAGGAUCAAUUCCAGACAUUGAUUGACCCCGAUCUCGAAACCCUCUAUGAUGGAUUUCAGAAGAGUCGCAGUAUACAUAGGAAGAAGGACUCAAAUUCUAAUUCCGGUGACUUUGAAUCAAGUGUCAGCUCCGAGGAUCAUGAGCGAAAGAUGAAAUUCGAAGAUGCCAAAGUGCGAUCAUUGAAUUCCAAUGGUCGCAUCGACUACAGCGUGCAAGAAGGAGCAUUUGAUAUCUCUCUUAUUGCUAGUAUUGCUAGUCAUCUUACAUAUUGGGGAGAUGAAGAUGUGAAUCACUUCAUAUUAUCCCAAAUGUUAUCGCGUAAAUCUCGGCAUCGGAGAAAGCGCGAGUCAUAG